AUGGAGCAAAUUGAGAAAGCCGUUGCCUUUGCUUUGGAUCCCUCAGCGGAAUCUAGUUUAAAAGCUCAGGCAAUGUCUUUCUGUGAACAAGUGAAAUCAGCACCCGAUGGUUGGCAACUCUGCCUGUCUUUAUUUGUCCGAUCUCCAAAAAGUACUCCGGAAGCGAGAAUUUUUACAUUGCAAGUUCUUGAUGAUGUUCUUCAAAAUAGAAUCGCAUCACUCAACGCAUCAGAAAUACUUUAUAUAAAAAACACUUUGAUGGAUUUUGUAAAGCGAGAGUAUGUAGUUGGUGAUGGAAAUGACGGAGAAUGCAGCUCUGAACCAAAUUACUUAAAGAACAAAUUUGCACAUACGCUGACUUUACUCUUUGUGCAAAUAUAUACAACAUCCUGGCGUGAAUUUUUUGAUGAAUUGUUGGGAUUGCUUCGAUCAACAAAUUCAGGUGUUGGGCAAAUAAAUGUUCGUACCGUCGAUAUAUUUUUAAGAAUUUUGCUAUCCAUCGACGAAGAAGUAGCAAGUUUGGUAGUUCCACGGGGAAAAGAGGAAAAUAAUAGAAAUACCGAGAUUAAAGAUACGAUGCGGACUGGCGACGUGCAAAAAAUUACGCCUACUUUAUAUGAUAUAUUGAUUGAUUAUCGUCGACAAGGUCAAGAUAUCGUACAAAUGUGCCUAAAAAUAAUCGGACUAUAUAUAGCUUGGAUCGAUGUUUCUUUAAUUGUAAAUGAAGCUUACAUGAAUUUGAUAUAUCAAUUUUUGGGAGAUUCGCGACUUCGAAUUUCAGCAUGUGAAUGCUUGACUGAGCACACCAAUUCUUUCCAUGGGAACUCAGAUUGUAUACAAAGGUAUGAAACCGCUCGAAAAACUGAAUCUGAUUCAAUUCUUAAAUUUGACGGAUAUAAUGGGAAAACAGAUGAUAUAGACUUUGUUGAGCAAGUGGCGAAAUUAACGAAUACGCUUGGUACGGAAUUAUGUAAAAUCUGGGAUGAGACAGAAUUUUCGCCUGAAGCUAGAAACGCAGCCUACGUGCAGAUAGAGUUGCUGUUGCCAUUUUUACUAAAAUUCCUUGGAGAUGAAUACGAUGAAACAUCAUCGGCAGUUUUCUCAUUUUUAAAAAAGCAAAAGAAGAAAAAUGGAGAAUUGAGCAAUUCGCAACGAGAAUUUUUAGCUUCAUUGCUCAACGUAAUUGUCCUGAAAAUGCGAUAUGAUGACGAAACAGAUUGGGGUGGCACAGACGACGACGAAGUCGAAGCAGAAUUUUUAGAAAUGCGCAAGGCAGUCGAUGAACCUCUCUUUACCACAUAUAUUCAUUCUGCUGUGAUCAACACGCUCGACAAUUAUCAGAUUAGGGGGAAUGAGGUUGGAUGGCGUGAAUUUGAGUUGGCCCUUCAUUUAUUAUAUUUAUACGGUGAAUCGUAUCAAGGACAGCCUAGUUUUCUAGUGAAGCAAAAUAAUAAAGUGGUUGGCCUAUCACCUUUAGGCGAAAUGGUGCAGAAAAUGAUCGAGAGUAAUAUUUCAGCAUACCCGCAUCCAUCGAUUCCAUUGAGUUUUUUUGAAAACGUAGCGCGUUAUUAUCAGUUUUUCGAAAUACAAUCCGAUCAUAUUCCGAUUGUACUUCAGACUUUUGUGGAUACGCGUGGAUUGCAUCAUCCAAGCAAACAAAUUAGAUCUCGUUCUUGGUAUUUAUUUCAUCGAUUCGUCAGAUCCCUUAAGCCAUAUAUGAAUGGAUAUGCUGGAACAGUAUUGCCACUUAUUCAGGAUUUGUUGGUUAUUCAGGCUGAAAUUCCUCCUGCUAUUAAUGCCGGAGAAACUAUAUUGAGCAAAGAUCAAGCCAUGAGUGGAUCCUUUAGUGAUCAAAUAUAUCUGUUUGAAGUUGUUGGCAUAUUGAUUACUGUUGAUUCUAUUCCUCCGGAAACGCAAUUAAAAUUCACAGAGGAAAUCAUCAAUCCUCUAUUGGCCGAAAUACAACUUGAUCUAACCAUAGAUCUAUCAGAUCCAAAAUAUCUUUUUUCUGUACUUCAGUUACAUCAUCUGAUGAUGGCUAUCGCUAGUAUUGGAAAAGGUUUUCCAGAUGCUUCAAAAUCUCAAGCAGCAGCAGCUCCUUGGAUUGGAAUCUUUAAACAGGCGACCGAAGCAGUCUUAUUUGUAUUGAAGAGUCUAGAUCGAUUUGAAAUAAUUCGAGACGCGGCAAGAUUCUCUUUCGCAAGAUUCGUUAAUGUUUUGGGCACGGAAAUUUUACCUUAUAUCCCGCCUUUAAUUAAUGGACUAUUGAAUGAAAGUCAAGUGUCCGAAUUGGUGGAUUUCUUACCCUUUAUAGGGCUGAUUUCUCAUAAAUUCAAACCAAAAAUUUUUGACAUUUUAAAUGAACUGAUAUUACCCCUGGUAAAUAAAGUAUUUUUAUUCCUCAAUCAAGCACCAUCUGGCACUGAUGAAGUUCUUUUAUUAAUGGAACUUCGGAAAGCAUAUCUUGCAUUUAUUCUCGGAUUAUUCAACUAUGGAAUGGAAGCUACCGAGAGUAUGCAGAGCAAUGGAAUUGGUCGACAUUUACCUGGAUUCGAUCGGUUUAUGUAUGAACAAAUACUAAGGGUUUGCUUCGAAGUUCCUAUGAGGGAUACAUUUAAUUUAAGCGACGGCCAAUCGAUUUUGGUAUUAAACGAAAUUUGUCUCAUACUGAAGGCUAUGCUUGCACAACAAAGCUCUGAUUUUGUAGAUUACUUGAGGGGAACAUGGCUACCAUCAAUCCAAUGUCCUCCCGAAUUAGCAGAAGAAUUUUCACAGGCUCUACAACAAUUAGAUGCAAAAGCAUUGCGUAAAUAUUUUCAAGAGUUUAUCCGAAAAUUGAAAUCAUAA